AUGGCCACUCAUGGAUCAUAUAGUACUCUUUGCGCCUUGGCCCUUUGUCUAAUGGCUGCUUCUUUGGCAGCAGCAGAUUAUGGUGAUAACCAUUAUCACCAUAAGUCUCCGCAUCAUCAUAAGUCUCCGCAUCACCAUUAUAAGUCACCUUCAUCAUCGUGGUUGCCUCCAUAUCUUUAUAAAUCUCCACCACCGCCAUCGUCUUAUAUUUAUUCAUCUCCUCCACCACCACCUUAUGUUUACAAGUCGCCCCCGCCUCCUCCUUAUGUCUACUCGUCUCCACCACCGCCGCCUUACAUUUAUAAGUCUCCUCCUCCACCUCCUUAUGUUUAUACAUCUCCACCACCACCACCCUAUGUUUACAAAUCUCCACCACCACCUCCCUAUGUUUACUCUUCUCCUCCACCACCACCUUACAUUUACAAAUCUCCACCACCACCUCCCUAUGUUUACUCUUCUCCUCCACCACCACCUUACAUGUACAAGUCUCCUCCACCCCCUCCUUAUGUUUACUCAUCUCCUCCUCCACAACCUUACGUUUACAAGUCUCCUCCUCCACCAGACGUUUACAACUCACCUCCUCCACCAGCAUAUGUGUACUCUUACCCUCCUCCACCAUCAUACGUUUACAAGUCUCCUCCUCCACCUGCAUAUGUGUACUCUUCUCCUCCUCCACCAUCUUACGUUUAUAAGUCACCUCCUCCACCUGCAUAUGUGUACUCUUCCCCUCCUCCACCUGCAUACGUUUACAAGUCCCCUCCUCCACCAUCUUACAUUUACAAGUCUCCUCCUCCACCUGCAUAUGUUUACUCUUCCCCUCCUCCACCAUCUUACGUUUAUAAGUCACCUCCUCCUCCUGCAUACGUUUACAAGUCACCUCCUCCACAUGCAUACGUUUACAAGUCACCUCCUCCACCAUCUUAUGUUUACAAGUCCCCUCCUCCACCUGUAUAUGUUUACUCUUCCCCUCCUCCACCAUCUUACGUUUAUAAGUCACCUCCUCCACCUGCAUACGUUUACAAGUCACCUCCUCCACCAUCUUACGUUUACAAGUCCCCUCCUCCACCUGCAUAUGUUUACUCUUCCCCUCCUCCACCAUCUUACAUUUAUAAGUCACCUCCUCCACCUGCAUACGUUUACAAGUCACCUCCUCCACCUGCAUACGUUUAUAAGUCACCUCCUCCACCAUCUUACGUUUACAAGUCUCCUCCUCCACCUGCAUACAUUUACAAGUCCCCUCCUCCACCAUCUUACAUUUACAAGUCACCUCCUCCACCAUCUUACAUUUACAAGUCACCUCCUCCACCUUCAUAUAUUUACAAGUCACCUCCUCCUCCGAGUGUUUAUUAA